AAAUUUAGUGCUUUCAUGACCAGGCAAAGAUAAGGCACUGAGUUAUUAAGACAGGGACCAGAGCAGGCUUUCCAGAUCCUGCUCACUCUCAGAGCUUCUGGACCUUGCAGCGAUGGCCACGGGGAUCCGACCUUGGCCCUGGGCUCUGGUGGGGCUGGUUUUCUGUGCUGCUUGCCUACGCUCUGCCAAAGGGGGUAAGCUGUUGGUGAUCCCCUUUGACGGCAGCCACUGGCUCAGCAUGCGUCAAGUGGUCCAGGAGCUCAAUCUGAAAGGCCAUGAGAGUGUUGUCCUGGCACCAGAGCUGUCCGGGCACAUCAGGGAAGGAUGGUACUAUGCUUUGAGGACCUUUCCAGUCACUUUCAGCAAGGACCGUUUUCAUGAGUUAAUCGGGUCUCAUUUCCAAUGGUCGUUUGACCAGAAACCUCUUCUGAAGAGAUUCUUUGACAUUGCUGUACUCUUUAAGAUGGUGAGUGACAUGUACUUUAGCUUUUGUGUGGACCUAGUCCACAACAAGGAACUGAUGAAGUCCUUGGAAGAGGCCCACUAUGAUGCCGUUUUAACUGAUCCUGCUAAUAUCUGUGGACCCUUUCUGGCUCUUUAUCUGUCCAUUCCAGCUGUUUAUUUCUUGAGAGGACUCCCUGCGGUUUAG